AUGGAUUGUUUGCAAAUUGUGUAUUCGGAAGGCGCUUGGGGUGACCUUGUUGGCGUGUUCCAUGUGUCGCCGGGCGUCGGGCCGAACAAAGGUCAGCACAGUCAACUCUAUGUUGCUGUGGCCUCCACCUCGGACCUUGGCCAUUGGACUGUAGUCAAUGACUCUUUACCCUACGCUGAGGCAGGCUCCAUGGGGUUCAUACACAUCGACAGCUCCAGUGGAGUGACAUUUCUGGCAUAUGAAGCGGAGAGUUCCAGCGGAAACGCAGUGUUCAUCCGCCGCUAUGCAAACAUAGCUAUCAUGCUUUCAAAGGCUGGGAUUUUUGAUGAGUGGCAAUUGACCAAGCAAGUUCACGUGGCUGGUGCACCAAGGACUUGGACAGCGGACGCGCGCAGUGUGACAAAUGUCGGGACACCAAGUAUUGAAUGCCUGGUGGGUGGCGACUUGACAAUACGCUGCCACUAUUCCCCCGAUGGCGCUCACGACUACCCAGCCAAAGGAAUGGUUUCGCUGGGGUCCGAGGGUGGAAUUGAGCAAAAUUGGGCCAGUUGGGCGGGUUUCUUCGACAACUGGGUGAACGAUUCACUUCGCACACUGGGCGCGCGUGGGAAGAUUGGAGGGCGUGAUGCAAUCAGGUGGCAAGGGUUCUGGACGCUCAUCAAUGAAGCGCAGAUGGUGCAAGACGACUGGAGCUCCUGGAGGGUCUACCUCCUCGUUCCAGAGUUGCGGAAAGCUGUCCCCAUACCGUUGUCCAUCAGUGGCACACGCACUUUUGCAAAUCCACAUAUGACGUUGCUUCCUGGAAAGCGGCUGCUUCAGACUUAUUUCGUGCCGAGUCAGAAGGAAGGCACACUUCAGCCUGGAACACUUUUGAGGGCUUCGCAGCUAUGA